AAUUUCCUUUCUCGCAGCAGACCAACGCACCGGAGCAGAAAGAGGAAGAAAUGCUCUCAACGUCCACCCGAUGGCAAAUCUCACUCCCCACAAGACCCGACACACUUUCACCGCCUUUUUGUUCAUCCUCCUAUUCCUCCUCAGCAUCUUUCUCUUCAGUAAACGUGCCCUCGAGCCUUACCUCUCCCUCUACCAAGAUUUCUCUUCCUCAAUCAAAACCCGAACCUCCUCUGACUCUGUCAUUCCUCUCCCUAUUGCUGACCCGUCUUCCGGUGAGGUCGCUUCUCCAAUUUUACAGCCUGAAAAGGUAAGUCCCAGUUUUGGAGCUGAGAACAUCGACGAUCAGGUCUCCAGAGAGGAUGGGGACAACCCAGUAGUAGCAACACAGCCUGUUGCGUCGCAGAAAGAAAGAGAGCCUAACAUUAACUCUGCAGAUAAUGGGACAAACCCAGUUGCAGAAAAUAAGCCAAUUGCGUCCUCGAAAGAGGAAAGGGAGUCCAUUAGACCAGAGAAAGAAGAAAAUCAGCUCUCUAAAGAUGAUGGAACAAACCCAGUUGCAGAAAACGAGCGAAUUGCAUCCGUGAAAGAAGAAAAAGAGUCCAUUGGAUCAGCAGAAGAAGAAAAUGAGGCUACAGGUGAUAAUGGAGAUGAAUUAGCGGUUGAAAAUAUGAAAAUUUGUGAUCUUUACGCAGGGACGUGGUUGAAAGAUGAAGAGUAUCCGAUUUACAAAGCAGGGUCCUGUCCUUAUGUUGAUGAGGCUUUUGAUUGCCAGCGCAAUGGAAGAAGCGAUUCCGAUUACUUGAGAUGGCGUUGGAAGCCUGAUGGUUGUGAUCUUCCAAGGUUCAAUGCUACAGACUUCUUGGUGAGACUAAGAGGUAAAAGGCUGAUGCUUGUUGGUGACUCAAUGAAUCGCAAUCAGUUUGAAUCUAUCCUAUGCCUCUUGCGUGAAGGCCUACCUGAUAAGAGCAAAAUGUAUGAGAUCCACGGCCACAAAAUAACGAAAGGCAGAGGCUACUUCGUAUUCAAAUUUGUGGAAUAUAACUGUACAGUGGAAUUUGUAAGGUCACAUUUUCUUGUGAAGGAAGGAGUCCGCAUUAAUGCCCAAGGAAACUCAAAUCCCACGCUAUCAAUAGAUCGAAUUGACAAGACAUCUGGGCGUUGGAAGAGAGCUGACAUUCUUGUCUUCAAUACAGGUCAUUGGUGGGUUCACGGAAAGACUGCUCGUGGGAUAAAUUACUACAAAGAAGGAGAUUAUCUUUAUCCAAAGUUUGAUGCUGUUGAAGCUUAUAGAAGAGCGUUGAGGACUUGGGCAAAGUGGGUUGAUCAAAACAUGAAACCAAGAAAGCAGUUAGUCUUCUAUCGUGGUUACUCUUCUGCCCAUUUUAGAGGUGGAGAUUGGGACUCAGGUGGAUCGUGUAAUGGGGAGACUGAACCAAUCAUGAGAGGGGCCUUCCUUGAAACCUAUCCUUUGAAGAUGAAGAUAGUUGAGGAAGUGAUUAGGGAAAUGAAGGUUCCGGUUAUCCUGUUAAACGUGACAAAGCUUACCAAUUUUCGCAAGGAUGGCCAUCCAUCAAUAUAUGGAAAGACGAUGAUUGAAGGCAAAAAGGUGUCUACUAGGCGCCAAGAUUGCAGCCAUUGGUGUCUUCCUGGAGUUCCUGACGCAUGGAAUGAACUCAUUUAUGCCACUUUGGUUUAUCAACAAAAAUUUUCAAAGAGUUAGAGGUGACGUUCUGGGGAAAUAGGCUUGGCUUCAGCUAAUAUAUUUCUCUUUCUUCUACAAAAGAAAGAGAGAAAAUCAAUUAUUGUCGUAGGGAGAGAAUAUUCAUGCCAUUUUUGCAGCUGAGUUUUUUUGCAUGAGCUACUAUGUAUCUUGUGUGCCAAGUAAUUUUUUAUUUUUAGAACAUUGGGGAAUUUUGGGAGAGGGGGAUAUUUUUUCAAGACUUGGUGGGAGUCACCUCCCAACUAAUUACGUUUAAAUACUUAAGAUUUUAGGACGAACUAUUAGACUUGGAGGGCUGGUUCUUGUAU